AUUUGUGUGUGUGGGUGAUAGUAUGUUUGGAAGGAGGGUCCUACACAAACAGGUGCAGCCCAUCACUGUUCUAUUCCAUCUCUAUCACCUUUAUAAGGAGACUGCCUAAAAGCCUUACUGCCAGAGCUCGCAGCCGUCCUUCAGGAGCGUUCGUCCCAGGUGGUCCUGUCGCACAGCUAUGGCUAGCAACCUUGCUGUUGAUGCAGCGCUGACAGUCGGUACUGAAGUUGCUGGACUUAUUCCAACACAUCGCCAAUGCUCCGUUCUGAUGACAAAUAAAUGCUCUAACUACUCUCUGUGUAACCUCAGUUUACACAGUGACAGUGGCUCCUGCACUGAACCUUUGCCGCUUACCAUUGACCCAUCUAAAACUGGGAAUGCUCUGUUCACCAAGACUCCCAACACGGCUCGAGGAGCUGUUGGCGUCUUCACUUACAACCUCCUCAACCAAUCUACAAAUGCAUCCACUGAGAAGAUAGCUGUCAUGUUCUCUGUGCCCUAUGAUUACAACCUGUACUCCAACUGGUUUGCAGUGGGAAUCUUUGAUAAGAGUGUGUUAUGUGAUCGUGAUCUUUAUUAUCGGAUGUACAACAACACAGGCACAUUUGACAGGAAAAAAGCGGGCCAAAAUAUUGAGUACAAGAAAGAUAAUGUCACCAUCACAGCAAUGAUGACUGACACUUUCCAACCUGUCCUGCAGGUGGAGGUCAAAGACAACUGAAAUUAGAGCAGUGCUGAAAUGUCUCCUGCUGUCACCCAGUGGCUGAUGGCAAGAAUGGAUUUAUAUGUCUAUUUUGCCUUAUAGCAUUUCAUUGCUUCUGUGUCAUUGAAACUGUAAUAUAUAGUAACUAUUGUAGAGCAGAAGAUGGUAAAAAACAUAACUCAUGGUAACACAGGCAUUGUUUUGAACAUUGUGUCAAAAUGUCAAUAAAUUUGCAAAGUCA